AGGAAACAACUGAUGGAGGAAAAGAAAUGGUGAAAGACAUCUUGGAAGAUGUUGUCAAAUCAGCUGUGGAAGUGGCUGAAGAAAAGCAUGUAAUAGAAACAGUCAAGGCUCUACCUGCAUUAGAGACUUCAGAUAUUGCUCUUUCUGGCUCUAGUAGUGAAAAUGUACAAACAAAUGGGAUUCCAGAUGACAGACAAUCAGUUUCCUCCACUGAUAAUUUGGAAACAGAUGUACCCGGACAUCAAGUUGCUGCCAGAUUUUCCCAUGUCCUUCAAAAGGAUGCCUUCCUUGUGUUCAGGUCCCUGUGCAAACUCUCCAUGAAGCCGCUUGGUGAUGGACCACCAGAUCCCAA